AUGGGCGGCAAGGUUUGGUCCACUGAAGAGGAGCGGGUCUUUUGGGAGGUCGUUGUCCCCGUCUCGCCUCACGCUGCCAACCCUGCUAAGCGUCUUUUGACCUGGCCGCAAUGUGCUGAGCUCAUGACUCGAGAGGUUGGAGCCAAUGCCCGUCGCGAGUACACCAACACGAUGCUCUAUGAGCAUCACUAUCAGAACUUCAAGCCCGGCGCCAAGUCCCCCAAGGCCAACCCCUUCUUGGAGAAGCACCUGCGAGACAUUGAAUGGUACAAGGAGAACAAGACUUCGCCCCCUCCUGCUCCCGCUCAAGCUCCUACUUCGGACGACACUUUGACCUCUCUUCUGAACGAGAUCAACAAGCCCAAGCCCAAGGCGAAGCGUGGGCGCAAGGCCGCCCUGCCUGCUUGUGAUGGCCCAGGAGUCGGCGUUGAUUUUAUGUACAAAGCUGCCUAUGGGCGCGAUCUUGCAGAGGAUACGGCGCUGUUCAUGGACUUCCACCACGGCGGACAAGACAGUCUUACCAACGCUGCUACCAACACUACUGUCGACUCUUCUGCCAAGCCCGCUGUUUCCCGUGCUGCUAAGUCAGGGACUACUACAACUCCGGACGCCGCGGACGUGUACAAGUUUAUUACUGAGCGCGGGCUUCCAGGAGGUGGUCUUUCGUUCUUCACGCCCAUCAACCAGGGCGGACGAAACACUGUUGCCAGCUCUUCCGCCAAUCUUGCAGCCAGCACUGCCGCCAGCACUGCUACCAACUCUUUUGCCAAACUUGCUAUCGCCCCUGCUGCCAACUCCUCCGCCAACUCGUUCGCCAACCCUCCUGCCGGCAACUUGGGUUCUGCGCCCGGUCCUCUUGCGUCCGGCCAGCGAAAGCCCUCAAUGGCAAUCCGGCGCCAGGCCAAGGCUACCAAGUUUGCGCAGCCUGUCAGACAGCCAUCUACCUCGCAGGCGCCCGUCACCCAGCCCUCCGGACCCAAUGCUCUUCUCAGCCGCCAGCCUCAGUCUUUCGGGAGUGGCAUUCGUGGCACGACCACAGGAGCUUACCAAGAUGUUCGACGCACUCAGGGACUCACCGCGACCACUACCACCCAAACUCAAGGUUCUUCUUCGUAUGCCCCAUUCUACCAGAACUACGCGACGACUUCUCAGCAGACCCCUACCCGAGCUUCUUACCAGACGUCCACCCAAGCUCCUGGCCAGUCUUCUGUCCAGCUUACUUUCCACACUCCCGCCCCAAGCAAGGAGGAAGGGCCUCUUAGACUGCCCUCUAUUCGUGAGAUGUUCCCUUUCACAUUCACGGGAGGAAAGCAGGAGGUGUUUGCUCGCCAGGUGGCUGAUGCCAUGCUGCAGAGCCGAAAGCGCAGCAUCUCUGUCGAGGAUGAGGAGAUGCCCGCUCCCAAGCGACGACCUCUUCCUGACCACCCCACCCCUCACCAGAACUAG